CAGGAUGAACGUAGGCACGGCGCACAGUGAGGUGAACCCCAACACGCGGGUGAUGAACAGCCGUGGCAUCUGGUUGUCCUAUGUGCUGGCCAUUGGGCUGCUCCACGUCGUUCUGCUCAGCAUCCCCUUCGUGAGCGUCCCUGUUGUCUGGACCCUCACCAACCUCAUCCACAACAUGGGCAUGUACAUCUUCCUGCACACAGUGAAAGGGACACCGUUCGAGACCCCGGACCAGGGCAAGGCAAGGUUGCUGACCCACUGGGAGCAGAUGGACUAUGGAGUCCAGUUCACAGCUUCUCGGAAGUUCUUGACCAUCACACCUAUUGUGCUGUACUUCCUCACCAGCUUCUACACCAAGUAUGACCAAGUCCAUUUUGUCCUCAACACUGUGUCCCUGAUGAGUGUGCUCAUCCCUAAGCUGCCCCAGCUCCAUGGAGUCCGGAUCUUUGGAAUCAAUAAGUACUGAAGGCGCAGCACCCCUUGCUCAAGAUGUCAGGGGUUGGGUAGAAGGCCUGUGCUACGAUGCAGAAGACAGAAGGCUCCUCUGGACACUGCCAGAGAUGGGGGCUGAGCCUCUGGGCCCUAGACCCUCCCUUGCUUCCCCCAGUAGCCGACUUGGAGUAGCUUGUAGUGGGGUUGGGGUGAGCCCUCCCCAGGGCUCUGACCCUUUCCGAUUUUUUUGAUCUUUUCCUUUUGCCUUUUGAAUAGAGACUCUCUGGGGGUGGUCACGGAA